CUUCUAUCUCUGCCGCACUCCAAACUGAGCUAGACUGAUUAGGCUACAAUAGAAGUUAUUGAGUCUAUUAUGUGCAAAUCCAGAUGUAUUGUUCAAGACCGCACUUUGUCAGCAAGAAUUCCCCAUCGCUGAUUACUCCAGCACCGCAUAUAUCUUCGGCAAAGACGCACUAUAACAUAAGCCCAACGCAUCGCUUCCUGUGAGCUGGCGAUGCCCACUUUUCCCAUUUCCACUAACGCUGGUGCAAACGGGGAUUAUGAGCAGACGGAAAGGACCGAGUGCAGGCUUGACCCUGUGGCAUUCACGCACUUAAAAGUGAACUUAUAUAAAGAGCAUUUCAAGGCACUGGAUAUAGUGAAAUUUAGGCAGCCAGCUGGCGAUGAUUGGAGAUACCUCGACUUGGGCUGCGGACCAGGUAACUUCCUUAAAGAAAAGUUGCUAUCACAUUUGCGGCCAUGUGCGUGCGUCAUCGCUGCUGAUUCAUCACGUGACAUGCUGGACUACGCCCGAGAGCACAAUCAUGCACCGGAGGUCUUUUUUGAACUCCUGGAUAUAGAGCAUGACAAACCCGAUGCUAUCCUGGCCCAGUAUGGACGGAUUGACCGUGUGUACGCGUUCCUUAUAUUCCACUUCGUAAAGGACUUGGGGCGAGCCUACCGAAACGUAUACGAGCUACUGAGAUCAGGUGGAGAGUGUCUGGCAGUGAACUUCACGAGAACCGGCAUCACGGAUGCGUGGCAUCAGAUCUACGAGAUGGACGAGUGGAAGGACUACGUGCCGAGUCCAGUUGACGUUCUGUCGAAGAGAUUCCGAUUCAACGAACUCGUACCGCAUGAACUGUUGGUGACUGAAGAGAAGAACGCUGUCACUUCUGCUGGACUGGAGGUCGUUGCUUGCCACACGUACACCAGUCAAUGGACCUUCCCAACUGCAGAUACAUGGCUCGAAAACUACGUACGGGUAUUCCAGUUGGGCAGAGCGGUGCCAGAAGACCGUAUCAAUGCAUUCUGGAACGCACUGAAGACUGCUCUCCUUCAAAAAUCGACGAUAACAUACGGCGGAGUCAGCCUUACAUAUGAUGUCAUGGUCACGCACAUGCAAAAACCGUGAUGCGUUUGGAAUUGUUACGUCAAUCAUUGUGACCAUACAGUCUUUCUGUUAGCUUUUGUAAUGUUAAAAAAUUAAACUUUGGGGUUUUACGUGUCAAAACCCAGACUUCGUUAUGAGGCGCACGCCGUAUUGCGCACUAUGGAAUAAUUUGGACCACCAGGGGUUCAUUAACGGGCACCUAAAUCUAAGUACACGGGUGUUCUCGCAUUUCGUCUCCAUCGGAAUGUGGCCGCCAUGGCCGAGAUAGCCUUUGUAGAGUAAAUUACAAAAAAAAAAAAUCUUGCAAGUUAUCAGCAGUUCGCAUCAACGUUUAGGAAUUACGCAAUCCUGUCGCUGCAACUCUACACAAGUUUGCUGUUUUUCUCCAGCAAACUGCAGAAAAAUUUGGCUGCUACCAAAGUGGUCAACUUAAAAGCGUCACAGCCCCAUAACGAUAUACCUACUAGCAUGUUCAAGUUAGCGGCUGCAACGAACUACUUGCCUGUUCUUAAGUACGCUACAACACAAGCAUUGUGAUACUGCACACUAACAGUGCUACUCAGUGGGAACAGCGAGGGGCAUCGCAGUAGAAUGUCCACACCUGUAAUGGUUUCACACCGCCAGUGUCACAGGGACAGACUGCGAGUACGUAUUGCCCGUAGGCCAAAUGAUUAUGUCGAUUGUCUCAUUUGAACCAAAUUACAUUCUAGUCACAUGCUUUGCAGUUCGCUUCAGGAUUAUUACAAUUUCAUCUACAUCAAGCGCCGUACGUGGAUGGCUGCUAAACAACCCUUCCAGGAAGCCAAGCCGGAUUGCGUCAGUC